UACAGUGAGAAAUUGAAAAUAAGGAUGAGCGCCAUGUCUGAUCCUCCGCUGGUGGAAUAAGAGCGGACGGCAGAGCGAAUCUUCUCCCCCGGGCCGCGGCUCCCGUCCGGGAUCGUUGCGAGCGAUGGCCGACAGCGCCGGGAUCCAGCAGGGUUCUCCGGCCAUCGGGGCCGCGGGCUUGGUUCCGGCCGCUCCCGGAGCCGGGGGCACGGAGGGCUCCGGCGCCGCUGGAGGAUCCGCACGGAUCGCCGUGAAGAAGGCGCAACUCCGCUCCUCACCUCGGCCGAAGAAACUGGAAAAGCUCGGCGUGUAUUCCUCCUGCAAAGCUGAAGGAGCCUGUAAGUGCAAUGGCUGGAAAAGUCAGAACCCCCCUCCCACUCCCCCCCGAACUGACCAGCAGUCCAACGCAGUCAACCUGCAGGAGCCGUGUCGCAGCUGCUCUCACACUUUGGGUGAUCACGUGACCCAUCUAGAAAACGUGUCGGAGGAGGAAAUGAACAGGCUUCUGGGAAUCGUCCUGGACGUGGAGUAUCUCUACACGUGUGUUCACAAAGAGGAGGAUGCUGACACUAAGCAGGUCUACUUUUCACUCUUCAAACUGCUGAGGAAAUCCAUUCUACAAAUGGGUAAACCGACGUUAGAAGCACAGGAGAGUCCUCCGUUUGAAAAACCCAGUAUUGAGCAGGGGGUGAACAAUUUUGUCCAGUACAAGUUCAGCCACCUGCCGUCUAAGGAACGUCAAACAAUCAUGGAGCUUGCUAAGAUGUUCCUCAACCAAAUCAACUACUGGCAGCUGGAGACGCCCUCCCAGAGACGCCAGCGGGUUCCUACCGACGACGCCGCUGGAUACAAGGCCAACUACACCAGAUGGCUGUGCUACUGCAACGUGCCUCAGUUCUGCGACAGCCUGCCCCGGUACGAGACCACGCAGAUCUUCGGGCGGACGCUGCUGCGCUCGGUGUUCACCGUGAUGAGGAAGCAACUGCUGGAGCAGGCCCGACAGGAAAAGGACAAGCUGCCACCUGAGAAACGCACACUCAUUCUCACACACUUUCCCAAGUUCUUGUCUAUGCUGGAGGAGGAGGUGUACAGCCACAGCUCUCCCAUCUGGAGCCAAGACUUCUUGGCAGGAGCGUCGGGGGGGCAGAUUCCUAUUCACACAGUCAUCAGCGCGCCCCCUGUGGCCAGGCCGUUGUACUACAGCACCAGUCCUGUGUCGGUGGACCCGACCACCUGUGGCAGUGUCAGUCCGGCCAGGAAAACCGUGUUGGAGUCAAAUCCAGUGGGAGAGAAGCGUAAACCCACCGAGCCCCUCCCCCACGAGGAAAACAAGAGGCCGCGGGCGGUGGGGGACAUCCCCCUGGAGCUCAUCAAUGAGGUGAUGGCAACCAUCACCGACCCUGCUGCCAUUCCUGAGACCAGUCUGCUGUCAGCCCACUCUGCACGUGACGAAGCUGCCCGUCUGGAGGAGCGCCGGGGGGUGAUCGAAUUCCACGUCAUCGGGAACUCCUUAAACCAGAAGCCCAACAAGCGGAUCCUGAUGUGGCUCGUGGGCCUCCAGAACGUGUUCUCCCACCAGCUCCCCCGCAUGCCCAAGGAGUACAUCACGCGGCUGGUGUUCGAUCCGAAGCACAAGACGCUGUCGCUGAUCAAGGACGGACGCGUGAUCGGAGGGAUCUGCUUCCGCAUGUUUCCAUCGCAGGGCUUCACAGAGAUCGUGUUCUGUGCCGUCACCUCCAACGAGCAGGUCAAGGGAUAUGGAACUCAUCUGAUGAACCACCUGAAGGAAUAUCACAUCAAGCAUGAAAUCCUCAACUUCCUCACUUAUGCUGAUGAGUACGCCAUCGGCUACUUCAAGAAACAGGGUUUCUCAAAGGACAUCAAAGUUCCCAAGGCCAAGUAUGUGGGCUACAUCAAGGACUACGAGGGAGCCACCCUCAUGGGCUGUGAACUCAACCCCAGCAUCCCCUACACGGAGUUCUCCGUUAUCAUCAAGAAGCAGAAGGAGAUCAUUAAGAAACUGAUUGAGAGGAAACAGGCUCAGAUCAGAAAAGUCUAUCCCGGACUUUCCUGUUUUAAGGAAGGAGUUCGGCAGAUUCCAAUAGAAAGCAUUCCGGGCAUACGUGAAACUGGCUGGAAACCAGUGGGCAAAGGGCAAACAUCACUUCCUCCAAGUAUUGUAUUAUGGAAGGAAGUGAAGGACCCUGAUCAGCUGUACAGCACUCUGAAGACCAUCCUUCAACAUGUGAAGAGUCACCCGAACGCCUGGCCGUUCAUGGAACCUGUGAAGAAAACAGAGGCACCUGGGUACUAUCAAGUGAUCCGCUUUCCCAUGGAUCUGAAGACAAUGAGCGAGCGCCUGAAGAGCAGGUACUACACCACGCGGAAGCUGUUCAUGGCCGACAUGCAGCGCAUCUUCACCAACUGUCGAGAGUACAACCCUCCGGAGAGCGAGUACUACAAGUGCGCCAACCUACUGGAGAAGUUCUUCUACACCAAGAUUAAAGAGGCAGGCCUCAUCGAGAAGUAGAACAGAGGAGGAAGGAGGAGGACUUUCUCUUCACCUCCACAAAGAAUGACACAAGGCCUCUGUGGUCCAGGAUCUAAGUGAUGCAGAUGACAGCCGUGUGUGAAGACAAGCCAGGAGCGGGACUACUGACUCCGGAGCUGUCGGGUUUCAGAGACAUAUUUUGAUGUAAAAGGUGCACACUGGUCUCAGAUCAGCACUCUUUAAUGUUUGAUGCAUGCAGGCAAAGAUCCUGAAUCGGUAGCUUAGACUGAUAUUUACACUGAAAGAUAGGCCGCGAGGGACGGCCUCACUGACGACCUGUGAGACUGUCGCUGCCAUGAAACAUAACAAGAAAACGUGUGUCUUCAUAUUUCAUCACAUAUCCCAGGGUCCCGGGUGGAGGGAGGAGGGAGGAAGGUGUGAGAGGAAGACAUACUGAGCGGAGCAGGGAGCUUCUGUUUGUGUGUGAAGACUUUGAGAGGCAACACGCAGUGACGGCUGAUUGGAGAUUCCCCGCUCACCUUUCUAACUUUGUCUCUCUCCAUCUCUUUCUUUUCUUUCAUCCCUUCAUCUCCCUGCCUCCUCCUCCUCCUCCUCCUCCUCUCAGUGGACUCAGGUAGAUAUGUCACAUCUACUGUGUGUUACACCAUUACGCACAAGUGUUACCUUCGAGGGAUGCGACUGGGAGAUCAGAUUUUCCUGUCUGUGGAAUCGUGCGCGCCAUAAAUGAGGUCAAAGUUUGACUGUGAUGAGUUCAUCCUGCCAAAAGAGGAAUACAUACUUUAAAUUUGUACAGAUUUUAAUUAUUUUAAAGCACUUAUUCCCAUUGUAUAUUUUAAAUGUGUAUAUAACAUAUAUUUUCUGUUUCAAGAACUAAAACUAAAUACUCUUUUUUGUAUAAGCCACCUAGGGCAGUGUGACUAUCGAAAUGCACUUUUAUUUUUCCAAGUAUUAGUAAACAUAAAAAUAAUCCUCUUCUCUUCAAAAAAUUUGUUUGGCAUAUAAAUUACCGCUGACUAAGGACUAAUUUAAUUAUCUAGAGUUUAUUCUUAUUUAUGUGCUGUAAUUUAAAAAGGAAAUGCUUUAGACAAGGUUAAUUUAUUCUCUCUUUAUUUUUGCCCUGCAGAUGGAGAUUGAUAACUUUAUACUUUGGAGAUAAAUGAGAAGAUUGUGCAAUACUAUGUAGUUUUGCUGUUUUGUAAAAAGGUGUUUGUACUUUUCAAACUUUAGGAAAAUACGUUUUGUAUUAUGUCUGGAUAAAAAAAUACUUCAUGCUCUUUGUACAACUGGUUUUAAUGACAUAGUAUUAGCCUAUUUUAUAGACUGAAUAAAAGAGGUGAGGCUAA